AUGUCGCUCGAUCCCCGAGAUUCACAACGGACCGGUAGGAGUAAGAGUCCCGGACGGGAAAGAUCGCGUUCGAGAUCUGGAUAUGAACGAGAGACGGUGAAGGCACUCACACCACCAAGCUACGAUCAAGAUGGCGAUUACAUAGGAGAAAGAAGAGAUAUGAGAGAAUACGAAUAUGAGGAGUCUCGCACUGGCAGAACUGACAGAUAUCGGGAUGCCAGUCCGAAUCCUGCGACGGGAUUCGGUGCCUCGAGAUAUGGCGGUGUAGGUGGAGGUGGAGGUGGAGUACCUGACACGCUGAAAAUUGAUGAGGUGAGGUAUACGGAGAGGGAUAGAGAUAAUGAGAGAUUGCACACACCGGCCAAAUUUGACAGUUUGGCAUAUGGUGAGGGGUAUGAACCUGGUACGCCAGCGAAGAUCAAUGUGUAUGGAUCUCGCGAUCCUUCGCCCGCGGCGGUUCCUCGAAGUGCCGCGUACGAAAAGGAUAUUCAAACUCCGACAUAUAGUGCGUACAGCGACCGACUCGCCUCACCUCGCGACCACGAACAUAAUGAUACGCAUGGCCGUCAGAGAUCGGCGAGUUUCAAUGUUUCGGCGGGCGUGGGAAAACAUCAUGGAGGUGUCUCGGCUGGUUUGAGUAUGGGUCAUGAUCAUUCUUAUGCUCAAUCUCCGGUGGGAUCACAGUUUUCGGACCUCCAUAGUCCAGGGCCACCAGGUGCAAGGUAUGGGAGACCAGCUAGUCCUGUUGAGGGGGGUGGUUGGGUAGGCUCGGGGUAUGGUAAGAGAGAUGAGGAUCAUAAUAGAUAUGCCGAGACGUCGCAACGCAAGUAUGCGCAGUCGAGUGACAAGAUCACAUAUUCAAGUACCACCCGGAAGACGACAAUUGGAGGAGGGGAAUAUCCAGAGGAGAGAACUCCUCCCCUUCCACCUCGACCUCAUGGGCGUAGAGAUUCCUCACCACCUCGUCAUCAUAGACAUGAAAGCUCAUCGGCUCGAAGCAGUAGCUCCCGACUGGUCGCCGAACAAGUCAUUACCGUCGACCCUGGCGCUCGUCGUCGCGAUGCUUCACCCAAUCCCGCUAGACUGGGCGAUCGACUCAACACACUGAGUAUCAACACCGGUGGUCAUGCAUCUCAUGGUUCAUUAAGCUUAUCUCCCGGUGGUCAUUCUCCCUCCGGCUCUCUCAGCCUAGCCAAUGCCCCAGGAUCUCCCCUCCUCGAAGCGUACAAGGGAACCUAUCAAUCCAUAUCCCCCAUGCCAUCUCCAAUGCUCGUCGUCACAUCACACUCCGACAUAUCCGAUACUUUCUCGCCUCUAUCUCCCUCGGGCGAAGAUCGUUCUUUCCGUCGCACCGCCCGUUUCCACGACUCCAAAGAUGAAGCCGAAAUGCUCCGCGAUGCACUCAAAGGCGAAAAUCGUGCUCCGGAUGUUCAUCCCCUCAUUACCAUUCUUCCUGGUCUUACGCAUGAACAAAUGCUUGAUCUUCGCGCGGAGUAUAAGAAGAUUGUUAAGACGGGCCAUGAGAGGAAGGGGGUCAAUAUUGCUAAGCAUAUUAAAUUACGUUUGAAGGAUGAAGAUCCAAGUUUGAUGAAGGCGUGUUAUGCGGUUGCCUUGGGCCGAUGGGAGAGUGAGGCUUAUUGGGCCAAUUUCUGGUAUCAAGGGGAGAAAUCUCGGCGGGAAUUACUGAUUGAAAGUUUGAUGGGGCGGUCGAAUCGGGAAAUUCAGAACAUCAAGGAUGGGUUUAGUGAUAAGAAGUAUCGGGAUUCGCUCCGACAAUGUAUGGAAAAGGAACUGAAAGAAGAUAAGUUCAAAAAAGCGAUAUUGUUGGUACUGGAGGAGAAGAAAAUGGAGGAAAGUAGGAGAAUCGAUGGGGAAUUGUUGAGGGAGGAUAUUAGACAAUUGGAAAAGUGCGUGUCGAGUGAGAAGGGGGGCGAGAGUCGAAUGAUUGAAAUUGUGUGUACGAGGAGUGAUACACAUAUGAGGGAGGUUCUUCGGGGGUACGAGGAGAAAUUUGGGAGAAAUUUCGCAAGGGAAAUGUUGAGGAAGAGUACUAAUCUUGUGGGCGAACUCCUAGCCCACAUCCUCAAUGGCAUCAUCAAUAAACCGGUCCGCGACGCCCUUCUCGUGCAUCAUGCACUGACGCUCUCAACUCGAGACCCGCUGCGCACGGAAUUGUUGAUUAGUCGGUUGGUGAGAUAUCAUUGGGAUCGAAAGCAUCUAGAGGAGGUUAAGAGGGAAUAUAGGGCGAGGUAUGGGAUUGAGAUGCAGGAAGCGGUGGGCCAGGGGACGAGGGGGGAUGUGGGGAGGUUUUUGGAGGGGCUUUGUUUGUGGAGGAUUGAAGAUAGGGUUAGGGAGGUUUAG